UAAAUAUAUGUACACAAACUAUAUGACGCACCUAUAACAUUGCAGUCACAUGCAACUUACAAGUUUUACUUUGUUUAGCUUCCGUUCUCUGAAGACGACAGAUUAUUUUGUCCCGAAAAAUUAUCAACUGAAUAGGAAAUCAAUAUUUUCACAACAUGCCGCUUGGACAUCACCACCACCACCACCACCAUCCUCCUGCUCAUCAUCAUCACGGUGGGCGUCACCAUCAUCAUGGACCCGGACCAGCCUUUGGCUUCGUGGCUGGAGUAGCUUUGGCUGGAGCUGCCGCGAGCCGUCAGCCGCCCCCACCCAGGACAGUCGUCAAGGAGGAGAAGACUAUUGUCUACGUGAACAACCCACCGCCUAGCUACCCAACCGGGACCGCCCCACCGCCCCAGAACUACCCGUACCCUCAGCAGGGUUACCCGCAGCCACAGCAACCCCCACCAUCCUACCCCUACCCAUCAGCGCCUCCGGCUACCGGUUACCCGCAACCCCAACCAGCUGUCAGUUAUCCCUACCCACCACCAACUUCGGGUUAUCCUCAACCGCCACCAAGCGGUUACCCGAGCUCUGGAUAUCCGAGAUAGAAUGAAAGGUACUGCAAUCAUAUGAUAUCCUUACGGGUUGGCUUCGUAAAAUCUUGGUUUACCGCCCAAACCGUCUAAGAAUAGAUUUUCAAGCUGAUCAUCACAGCACAGUCAUCAAGAAUCAGAGACUAUAAUUUUCCUGUCGCAGACGGCGCCCUAACCAAUCCUUUCACAUAGCCAUUUAGCAAAGGGUUGGGCCAAAUCGUUGUAUGGGAUAAGAUAUUAUGCAAUGCUCUUGAAAAUAAUAUAGAAUGAUCGAUAUCAUUAUGAAUUUUUAUUUCUUUCAUAUACACUGUAUAUAACGUAGCCGGGGAAAUUGUUGUAGAGCAUACUUAUUUUCAAUAAUGAUUUUAAUCGAUAUAUUCGAGAGUUGGUUGUACGAUGUAAGAUACAAUAAUAUAGAAAAAUCAUAUUAUUACCAACAAAUAAAUAUUGCCAUUGAAGGUUUAAAAAAAUGUAUUAGGACCCAAGAAAGUUCGAGAGUUGAUUAGCUAUUUACAAUGUAAGAUAAGUUCAUUCUAAUUCGGUUCAGUAUCAUUUAUUUCCAUCAAAAUGAAAAUGAAAAUACAAAUAAUACUUUUUUUCUACCCCCAUGAUAAAACAAAUAAGAUUUGUUUUUCAGCACCGUACAAUAUAAGUGAUAAUAGC